ACUAUUAGAAGUAUUAGACAAAAUUUUAAGAUUUAGUGUUAAAUUUUGGGCUUCUACGUAUUCGCAUUUCAUUUUGGCCAUGCAGCUGCUUCCGUAAUACUGUAGCGGUAAUGGCUUCGUUAAUAGUGCUGAUGCUUACACUGGCAUGGCUGGGGCCAGGCAGUUUUUUCGUUUCGGGUCUGCGUUGCCCUGGCCAGGACUGGUAUUACCGAAAGGGCACGGAUAAGUGCUACUAUGUUAUGGGGAAAUAUAGCAGCUCUAAUCCGGAUGGUUUCGAUGGAGGCUUAUCUGGUAGCAAAAAUUUUGACAAUUCCGUUGCAGCAUGCAGAGCAUUAGGAGGAAAAAUACUCGUUUUGGAAGAUUCUGAAGAGCUGAGUUGGCUUACUGCCAGACUGUCAGGAGACUACAGCUGGUUUUGGAUGGGGUUGACCUAUCAGAAUAAUCAAUGGGAGUGGACCGACGGCGAAACUUUCAAACCAUAUACUGCAAUACCAGGCUUAAAUGUUGAACGUCCAACAAGUACUACACCGACAUCGCAACGUGGAACUGUAAGAUACACUUCCAACAGCACUUUCCAGGGAUUUGUCUUCGCCAGUGAUAGCGCGACAUUCUCUAAUGGAUACGUCUGCAAAGGAGACUGGAGCGGUCGUCCAUGGUGCAAAACAGAAGAAGGCUACGUUUAUCAUGAUGGUCGCUGUUUCCGCCCGGUAUACGACCCUGCGGGAUUUGUUGGUGCAGAAGCCCAGUGUUUCGCCGAUGGAGGGUAUCUCCCCGUUCCACGAACAGCGGAAAUCAACAAUCGAAUGUCGUACUGGUUUCGUACUUACUUCAAAGCCAAACAAACGUGGCUGGGAAUCCAGAUCUGGAACAAAAACGCCUCAACGACAGCCGACAAUCUGCACUGGAUGGAUGGCACUCCACUGAAAAAUACAUCAGCAAGUCUUUGGCCAACAAGCGUUGACUCAUACGUUAGGGACCUACCAAACGGAAACAAUUACUGCGGUGAAUACAAUACAAAUUCUGGCUAUUACGGCGGAGAGUUUGGGUGGACCUGGAUUGAAGCCAAAGACGAUUGGGCCUUUACUGCCAACUGUACCUCGCCUAGGCCAUACGUAUGCGAAUCACCUUUAAAUAAAUGCCCCUACGGAUGGCAUCAGUCUGGGGACAUGUGCUAUCAAAUCAAUUUGGGAGAUGAGGGCCUGAAAAAUUGGGCGAAUGCUCAGACCACCUGUCGGCAAAAAGGAGGCGAGCUAGUGACCAUUAAAGAUGUAUUCAAAAGCAUCUAUAUCGCGGAUUUGAUCUGGAAGUACGGCAUCCACGAUUGGGAAGACGGGACACAGCAUGAAAACUACUGGAUUGGCCUGAAAGGCAGUGAUAACGGAUACGUUUGGCCGGAUGGAUCAGUUACGAAUUACACGAAUUGGUAUAAUCAGGUUCAGCCUGCGAAUAAUCCAAACAUGUGUGUUUACAUUGCCUUUGAUCGUCGCACCAAUGCAACGGGAACUUGGCAAGUGACGCAAUGUACACAACCGCAAGGCUUCAUUUGCGAAGCGCAUCACACGGCAAAUAUCCAGCCAGACGAAGUCGUUAUCAGUGCACACACCUGCGAGGCACCUUUUGUAUCCUUCCAUGAAGGAUGUUUCCUAGCCAUGACAGAAGAGAAAACAUACGAAGAAGCCAGUCAAGACUGCAUCAGCAAACAAUCCCGAUUGGCCAUAAUUCGAAACCGCGGAGAAAACUCUUUUCUUUCCGAUAAAGUAACCAAAGACUCCUGGAUUGGUAUGCGAGUCAGCGGCAGUACGGGCUCUUCCACAUCCGCUUCCGGAUUCCAGUAUACGUACAGCAACGGCGACAUUGCUGGCGCUGGAUUUUACCAGGACUUCACGGACACGUACAGUAUAACAGUGUCCGACAGUUUCGACCGAUUCUGUGUAGCUAUAGCGGGCCCCGGAAGCACAUUCCAGUACGGAUCAUUUUCCAGUACACCGUAUCGAGGGGAGUGGUAUCAUGCCAACUGCAACCUGAAGCGUGGCUAUGUGUGUUGGCACGAAGGAACCCUUAUCGAAGCUCCCGUAACGGAGGACGUAUCCGAUCCUCAUUGUGGAGCGGGAUGGUUUCGAAAUGGACCGCAGUGUUACAAGGUCAUGCCCACGGUGUCCACAUGGCGCUCUGCAAAAGCCACUUGUCAAGGAAUGAGCGAUAAUGCCGAUCUCUUAUGGUUUACUACCCAAGAAGAAGAGAAUUUUGUCAGAACACAACUUCAGCAAUACUAUUCGCAUAUACCACACGGUUUCUGGAUCAAUCUGUACGCCGAACAAGCCAAUGCUUGGUACUCACCGUAUAGAGAUUACGCAAACAAAAACUAUCUUCCGUUUGCGGUGAGCAACUGGGCGGAAGGCCAACCAACUCCUGACGGUGGUACAUACAGUUCUUCUUACACACAAUGUGCACGAAUUACAUCAGUCUCUUCCGGUAAGUGGAACGCCUCCAGAUGCCUACAACUACACGCGUCAAUAUGCAAAAAGACCAUCGAAAGCCUGGUAACACCGGCGCCAACAACUGCUCUACCAUCUCUUGCUCCAGACCAACAACUUGGAUGUCCUUCACACUGGCAUGCCAUUACCGGCCGCUGCGUUAGGAUCAGCAUAAUUCCAGCCGACUGGGCCACUGCCCGUCAAGCAUGUCGAAACGAAGGAGGAUACCUGGCUGACUUCAAAGACGAAAACGAAUUCAUGUAUUUCAAAGGAUUUUCCGUUGGUAGUUGGAUAGGCCUAAACAGUAUCAACGCCCAAAGUAAUCCUCGAGCGUUUACCUGGACUAGUGGUGCAGCAGUAACCUUCGUUCCAUGGGAUGUUCAGUCGCCUAACAGCCAUGGUGCUGGAGCAUGGACCAAUGAUACCAACUGCGCCGCUGUCAGUCCAGGAGGCGUUACAGUUUAUCCAUGCCAUGAGAGAAAAUCCUACGUUUGCGAGAAGGAGAUGGUCCCCGUAACCGGAAGUGCUACGGUGGAAAUCCCCCACUCUCGUGGCUGUCUACGAUGGGGUGUCGGUUUCCACGAGUCGUGCUACUACUUUGGCCAGGAUCCCAGUAACACACAGAUCGGAAGCAAACCGCCGAUGGAUUUCGACAGCGCUCGUGCGUUUUGUCGUCAACACUUUGGUGCAUCUGCUGACCUGGUCAUCCUGAACGAUGGUACGGAAGAAAGAGAAUUUAUUAACACCCAUAUUGCGCGCACAGGAGAGGAAUACUGGAUUGGCCUGAAAGAAGACCGUGAACCGUGGAACGCGUUUAAAAAAUGGGUGGAUGGGUCAAGUGUUGGCUCAACAAACUGGGCGUUCGGCCAACCUGCCGUGACGAAUGAAGGGUUCAAAGGAUGUGUGGCAAUGCACGGUUCCAUUGCUGAACACGGAACCAUUAUGCCAGGAGAUUGGUAUGUGGCUUCCUGCACCGAGCGAAAGAUUGCCCUCUGCAAAGCGGACAGCACUUUCCAUCCGUCUCACCCAACAGCCAACCCCUCGACACCUUCGCCCAACGGGUGCCCUCAGGGAUGGAGCACCAAACCGGAAAUCGAAACAUGUUUUAAGAGUUAUCGUGGAGACCAAGGAAGUAACGGGAUACACAAAUUAUCUUGGCAAGCAGCCGAAGAUUUCUGCAGGCGAUUCAAAGGGGGUCAUCUGGCGUCGAUAAACAGUGAAGCCGAGCAAAGCACAGUUUACAUGCUUAUAUACGGGGACAUGAACUGGAUUGGUCUGCGACAAAACCCCAACGCUCAAAACCGUUGGGAGUGGUCAGAUGGGAAAGGACUGACUACGUCUAACUGGCAUUCGGAAAUCAGUCACACUAACCCUUACACGUCCAACUGUGUUGGAUUCCGCUCCAGUGGAGAAUGGGUCCCACAAAGCUGUGAACUGGGCAACGGAUGGGUGUGUGAAGUACCAAAGGAUGUCUACUAUCCUGGUCAAAUAGUGGAAGAGUUUCCCACUGGCAUUCCUAUCAACCAUACCUGCGGUACAUCUUCUAGCGAUGGCGCGUGGUACUUUGAUUCGCAGUCCCAGGAAUGUGUCUAUAUUUCUUUGAAAACCGAUAGCUGGGAAAACGCGCAAGUCACCUGUGAAAGCAUGAAUACUAACUUGAUAACGGUGACCACUACAAACUAUCAGUUUCUGCUGCUGAAAAUUGCCCAAACAAUCACUUCAAAUACAUACAGCAGCGGACGAGACUAUUGGAUCGGCUUGAGAAUGAUUGAUAUCGCGAACAAGGAGUACGGAUGGGUAGAUGGACAUCCUUCAUUCUUCCGACCGUGGGAUGUAAAUGAGCCUAAUGGCCGUGGCACGGAACGAUGUAUUUCCCAGAAUUCCAUCAGUGGCAAAUGGCGCGAUCACAACUGUGCUCGCACUCUUCAUUUCAUCUGUGCCAAGACGAACCGGAUAAGACCCGUUACGACUCCGAGUCCCGUUGGAGGAAAUUGCCGAACUGGCUGGACUGAGCAUGGACACAAUUGCUAUUACUUCUCCAAGAACGAGAGUAAAACUUGGGAACAAGCUCAUCAAGCCUGUAUACAGCUUCAUCCUGGAUCCAGUGACCUUGUUUCAAUACACAGUUCAAUCGAGAACGAUUUCAUAGUGACGAGAAUGAAAGGUCAACACCAUAGGGGCUACUGGAUUGGUUUGCAUGAGGUGCAGGUCGAUACGUACUCCUAUACCUUCGUGUGGUCCGAUCAAAGCCAGAUACGAUACAAUAACUGGCAUUUCUCUGAGCCCCUUUACGAUUAUGGCACCAGGGACAGAGCUAUUGAAAUUCGCGGUGAUCAUAACCGUGCCGGAAGAUGGCAAGUGCUCAAAUCAGAUCAAACGCGAGAUUACAUUUGUAAAGCAAAAAAAGAUCCCGGUGCGCCACCGCAGACCGUAACUAAUAACUGUCGAUCCGGUUACACCCAACUGGGAGAGAAUGGAGCGUGCUUCUCGGUGAUAGCAUUACCCGAUGGACGGGACAACUGGCAAAACGCCAAGGAUGCCUGCACCACCGGUGAUGGCUACGGCAAGCUGGCGACAGCGGUGGAUGUUUACGACAACGCCCAAUUCCGUGUAUUGCUGCACCAGGCUUAUCGCAUUAACAAUCACAGCGGCCACGCCUGGAUCGGCAUGCAGAGUCACGUGCACAAUUUCGCUUGGUACAAUGGAUGUCCAGUAGUGUAUUCCAACUUCCUGACGAUGCUGCCGCCUGGUAAUAACUCGGAUCACUGUGUGUCCAUGAACCAUGACGGCAAAUGGAUCGUCCAGAACUGCACUGAUAGCGUUCAUUAUGCUGUUUGUGAGCAUAGAACAGAGCCAUGUCCGGCGGUUUUCAAUAUCACCGACAAUAACAUGUACUGUCCAGUCGAUUUUCCAACCGAAUGCAACACCAUGUGCUACCGUGUUCAGACUAAAUCCCAUCAGAACAACCAGUCCAUCCAUGUGGAUACCUUCCAAAGAGCGAAACAGCAGUGCGAAAAGUUGGGUGGACGACUCGCAUCCAUCCGUAACGAAGAAGAACAGAAAUGCUUAGAGAAAUAUAUUCAUCACUCCACCGAUGGUAUGUGGAUUGGUUUGUAUGAGGCGUUAGAUCCAUCGGGUGAAUAUGUCUGGAAAUGGGAAGAUGAAGGAGCCGGAUUCGGAUUUUCAUCGUACACUAACUGGGAGAGCGGCAAACCUACAAACAAUAGCGGUUUGAUGUAUACAGCGAAACGCUGUGCGGAAAUUUUUCCCAAUGGGACAUGGAACAAUCUGGCAUGCGACAAUUAUGAUUCCAGAGGCAUGAUAUGCGAAAUCCGCAAAGUGCGUUCUGAAAUUGGCCGCUUAACAACUAGUAGACCGUUUGGAGUGACCGAUCCGCCCAGCUCCUCCGGCAUGUUGGGCGGGUCAAUUGCUGGCAUCGUAAUCGGUGUGCUGUUGGGUGUGGCUGUGGUCGGAGGCGUUGCGUAUGUUGUUGUCACCGGCAAGACUGGAGCGGUGGUUGGAUCCGUUCGGAGCGCUGGAAGCCGUAUUAAGUCGACGGCUUCGGAGAAAUGGUCCGGAUUCGGGAAUCGCAACUAUAGCCAGUACGAUAAUGAUCAGAAUCCGGUGGUGAACAAGGACGAUUACAUCGGUGGUGACUCGUAUACUUGAUUCCGUGGCGCUUUUAAUUCUCUUGGACUUUUUGCAAAUUUUUGUUAUAAUGAGAAACGUUUUUCCAACUGAGCAACUACAAUGUUAAACUUCUGUUUCAUUGAAACAUUGUCAGAAGGUUCGAAGUGUACAGUGUGAAGAUGGCUGGAAAAAUGUGAGUUAUGUAUUUAACUGAAUGAAAUUUUAAUUCAA